UCUCUGGCUCCUCACUUCUCCUUUGUAAUCGCAGUCUCAUGACUUAUGAAAAUCCAAAGUUCGCAUUACUCGUGGGUCGAUCCCCCUACGGGCGCAGAUCUGCUAGACAAUCAAAGGCGUCCAACACUUGACAGCGGAAUAUUCCUUUCGCUCGCAUAUCGAUCACCAGGAAACUUUUGAUUUACUUCCUUGUGGUAGGGUAGCCUGUCCCCCUACUUCUGUAUACACAGCCGAGCAUGGUGCCGUCGGCUUAUCCGAAUGUCAAGCUGGAACAGCGCGAUUCGCAGGAACCUGCGAUCGUUCUCGUGCGAGAACCUUAUCUUUAUUAAAUCUAAAAGCGAUCGAAGAGCUACGUUCACGGUUCAGUCGGUUUCGUCGCGCGCGGCUUUACGAAGGAGCACACACGACUAUCUUUCUUCACUCUUUUUUUUCUUAUCUUUUGCCUAGAGAAUAUCUUGUUGUCUUUCCUCUCCCUUUUCCUUCUCUUUCUUCCGUCGGACCGUUCGUCUCGCAGCUCGCUCGUAACGAACUCUCGAGGUUGCUGGCCGAUUCGAAGAAUGCAGACGAGAGAGACACAAAAAGCCAUCCCCGAGACAUCUCUUCUCUUUUCUCAGUCUAUCUGCCUCUCUCGCACUCCCUUCGAAUCCCAACCCAAAACCUGUGCGCUUCUCAUUCAUACUUGAGGCAAGAUCAUAGCGUCUUGGGUAAAUUGACCUUUAUCAAACAAUAGUUGAUCGUUGAGCAACGAGAGCGAAACUCGAUUGAGUUGCCACAGCAAAUAAAUCUUCAUUGGCCUUGCCGCGCCAUUAAUCGAUCGCGGGUGUCGCUCGAGUGUCGCGCACCGACCGAGCUGGAGAAGAGCAAGAUAAAAGUGGAGCCAGCCGAGGGCAUUAUUCCCGAGAGGAAGUUGACUGGUCUCAUUGGAUCUGCCACACGUAGAAACACAGGGACAUUGAUGUCGCUCGACCUUCCACGCUUCCUCAAAGAAUCGCCGCGCGGCGAAAGUCCUUGAACCACGAAGGUCUGGUCUUCCGAAGGCGUCUUCGCUUUAUUCAGCUUCUCCGUUGUACCUGAUAAGAAUACGAAGUACCUAAUAGCUCGGCCACACGGAAUCCCCCUCAGAAAUAAUCGACGUAUUCUCGUCGAGCAGCCACCGUUGUCGAUUUUAUAACGAAAAUGCUGGAUCCUUUGAGGUUCAUUGAAUCUCGGCUCACUGGCGAACCUCUAGCGGCCAGUGAAGUCGGUACGACCAGUGCGACCUCGUGCGACGAGAACUCUUUGUCGUUGUCGUCGGCUCUAGCAAAAGCUUCGCUACGUUUCGCUUGCGUCCUGCGCGGCUCAGCGACAGAGAUGCAAUUCCGUCGAAACGUCACGAGGGAAAUUAACGAAGACGAAGAACUUUAUGGAAUUGCAAGGAAGUUGCUGCUUGUUGAUUGGAAGUGCACCGUAUAAGUCGAACUCGAGGGGGCUCUGGUUUGCUGGCUAACGAGACCCGCGAAUCCUUGCGACCACCGAUCAACUAGGACUGCGCUCCUAGCUGACGUUUUCUUUUUCUUCCCUCUCUUGUCUAUUUCUUGAGUUUCGCAAUCGCGAUCCUUCUUCUCCCUUGGUUCUUUCCUACUUCUAUAGAAAUGCAUUUGUUCUUAACGGUGGAAUCCGUAUUUAUUGAACUGACUGAUUUACAUUAGCAGAAAUCUCAUAACAUCUCUUUGAAUAUAAAAGUGAUCCGCUGGAGUGGAAGAGGCAUGCUUUCGAUGUCUUUGGUGGAUAUCAAUCCUUUCUGAAAUCAAAUUAACUGACAAUCGAAUGAGAAGAAGCAACCGAGACAGAGAAUCGCCUCUUCCGCCGAACUUAUCAUACUUUUUCUCCUCCCAAUCAAUAUGGAAGUGGUACGCCUACUCUCUUAUUAUUAUUAUUAGAUGCGCUAACGUCAUUAACCAUCCCGAGAGGGAAAAAACGUCGGUCGACGUCGUGCUAUACAUAGGUGUGACGUUCCGUUGCGUUCAACUCUUUGAUCAAUUAAAGGUUUUACUGAACUCGCAAGGUUGUACGCCAUUUUAUGCUGACUCGCACGAAAAUACAGUUUAAGCGAGGCUUCUUCCUUCGCAACAGUUUUCAUUUGUUCUCCACGCUUUGCGCUGCGAAGAAACGGUCGACUCUUAAGACUCUUAAGACUCUUAAGGCCGUCGGCCACGGGUUAAAAUUCGCCUUGGUACUACGACAGCGAAUCAAUGGACAGGAAGAGCUGCGAUGAGGAGCUUGCGUGCUCGACACGUGGGCGCACUCGAGGGAGACCGAGGGGAAUAUCGGCGACACCUCCGAUAGCAGCGUCAGCUUCAGAUGUUAGAGCAACGUCACGACGAGAGAAACGUCUAGCGCGACGGUCAGUGACGUUCCUUUACGACGCCCCGGGGCCGGCGCCACGACGACUUAUAUAAGAGCUGGGCGCAUCCGUGCUGCUCAGUCGACGUUCGAAACUUGACGAGUGCGGACGGAUUGAUAGAGCGAGCGUACGCGAAUAUCCUAGUGUCAUAUAGCUGUUCGCAGCAGUUUCAGUCGAAGAAGAGGACGUUCCCGAUCGGCUCUCUCGAGAGGACACGCGAGGAAAUCAAGAAAAGGAGUCGUCACCACGACCUUCCUAGUGCCAUUCGGAUUAAUAGCCAUACAGUGCGACAUGAAGCGUAAAACGGCCUAGCAGAUCGGCUGCUAAUCAAUACUCUCCAACCAGGAGAAGCCAGGAGAAGCCAGGAGAAGCCAGGAGAAGCCAGGAGGCCAGGAAGCAUCAGGAGCGCCCCGCAGCGGCAGUAACUUCGGGCCUCGUCUCUCGCGCGGGUCAAAGUUCAUUCGCACCGCGACGAAACCAACUCUUUACUGUGCAUCGUAUUCGCGAAGGGGAAGGACAGGAACACGACAUUAAGCCACAGCGAGUACGAAGAGCAGAAAAGCGUCGACAACAUGUCUGCCACGUCCGUUCAGGCCACUGCUACGGAGAACAUCUCUCGUCACGGGAGUAACGUGUCCUUGUCCUGUCAGAGCCUCUGCGACAGCGUUGACGAUGAUCUUCAGACUUCGCACCCCCAGUACCAGGACACCAUUCUCACAAUCGAGGAACUUCGUGCUCAGCUCAACUCUUGCUUUACAUGUGGCGUUUCGUGGAGCGAGGAGCACGUGUCCCUCGACUGCAGCGAAUGCGGCGGCUAUUCGCUUGAGCGACCCUGUCCACUUUGCGACGGUCGCUGUCACACGUCCUGGAAACGCGACCUUACCAUGUCGCACGCCAGUGGCAAGGCGAGAUGGUUGGGCGAGUGUGGACUGAGUUGCGGACCCUCUCUCGACGAGUCCCUGGUUCCCGCCCUCGAGAAGCUCCAAGCUACGUCCUGAACGAAGCAGAGUCACGACCAGGGCGCUGCCACGACAAUGCACAAGACUUAACCAUCCGCAUUCAUAGUGACACACUCACCCACCACCAUCGUAUCGAUCGUAUCAUUUGGGAGGAAGGCGGCCGAAUAGGAAGAUCAGCACGACAUCAGCGCGAUUGGUGCAAAGACGUGGCAACUCGGAAUUUAGUAUAUUCGAGUUUAAUCGCGUGUCCGAAAUUCUCUGGACCGUACGAGGGGAAGUGGCCAAGGUGAAUGGUAUCCCGGCUCUUAGAGAACAAUUCGCGAGAAAUUUCUCGACUCGAGUUGCAGCCGAGCCGCGAUGCCGGGACGUCGCAUGUCGUGCUGCGGAGAAAGUGGCCGGUACAUAUUUUGACAGAAGUCCAGGCGCCUCUCGUCUUACGCCUGGCGUCGGUGACUACGUAUGUGCUAUGUGAAUGUUAGGACAGACAGGCACGAAGAAAACUAGCAGGACGAGUGAUCCUACUCAAGUUCAGCUUAGCUAACGCACGGAACGAAUGAAUAUUUGUGAAAUUACGGGUAACGUCUUAGGCAUCCACUUGUCUUUGGUGCGAGACACCCCCUUCUCACUCAACUUCAUUCAUUUUCCCAUUAAUGUUGAACCGGCAUCCAUACAGUUUUCCAAGGUAUUAUUAGCACAUCAGAUAAAUGCACGUUUAAUUCUUUGGAAAAUAUAUCCCGGUCCUGACUAUUAUUUAAUUUAUCCCAUUAUUAUUUAUCUUCGUAAUGUUCUGACUGUGGGCUAAAUAAAUAACUUUUCCUGAAAA